AUGUCGCAAGACAUCGAUGGAUUAAACGCCGCGAACGAAGCUGCUCGCUUCAAUGACGUCUUGACCAGCUACUUUCGUGUGUCCACAGCUGGUCAGAAGAGACGUGGCAAACGUCGUGCUGGUGGACGCAGAGCCAAGUCAACCGACGCACCGAAGGACUCGGACACUUGUUCUAAAACCUACUUAAACCAACUGAAGCGACUCUUGCGUGACGCGAACAGUGCGAUGCAAUCUCAGUACAUUCAGCGACUCUAUGCACUGCUUUUGCAUCAAUUUAAGCGGGCUAAAAACUCGCCUGUUCUUUUUUCGAAGGCAAUUGAGCUGUGCAGAGAACUAUUCAAGCGCUCAGCAGUGUUCCGAGCACUCGUUUCGACGCAGACUGCUUCGUUUUUUGAUCAAAUGCUUGUGGCUGCCGGAGCAACCCCAAGUGCUAAUGCAUCGAAAGCUUUGCGCGGUAGAAGUCAGAGUUUGGCGCACGUGACGGCGGUAUUGGCACUCAUUGAGAAUUGGAAAGAAGAUUUCGGGGAGAGGUAUCCGGCUCUUGUUGCUGGUCAUGCAGUACUGAUGGAGAGAGGGUACGUGUUCCCGAACGCACGUGAAAAGAAGCGAGAGGAGGACGAGCAAGCUGUGGAUGCUCUACGGCAUCGAGAGCGAGUGAGUGCUGUGAAAAAGCAGCAACGAGAUCGAGAGAUGAAACGGUAUGUGCCGGAGAUGGAGCAAGUGCUCGUGGAGAUGAACCGAGUGUUUGAGAUCUUGGUGCCGACGAUGGAUGCUUUUUUUCUACCAGACGAUGGGGAGAGAGGACGGUCGUCGUUGUCAGCUGACGGAAACGCAGCUGCCGCAAACCUAGAGGAACAACUUUGUGAAUCACAGAAUGAUGUACAAAGCGACGUCGAGGGUAGCACACAAUGCGACGAGGAUGAUCCUGAGAAUGUUGAAUGGGAAGAUGUACCAUCAACAGAACGAGUCGAUGCGGGGGAAGAAGAUGUGAAGUGCGGAAACGCAGCAGAGGACAGCAUCUCUUGUGAUGCUAUUUCAGACACUGAUUCGGACGAAGACGAUGGCAAAGGCGAUACAUUUGAUAUCAACGAUAUCGUGCAGGCCUAUGGUCUCGGUAGCUCGUCAUAUCGCCUGACCGUGGAAGUGUCCAAGCAGGCUUGUGAGGAGUCGUCUGAAAAUGACACACUGUUUCGAAACUUGGCUGAUGGUGCUCUUCGCUUGCGGAAGCGCUUCAUCCCGUUGUUGGACGAUUGGGAGCACUACACUACGAACAUAGAACGGUCCGUCUCUAGCGAGUCAACACUGCAAUCUCAGAUUCGCGAUCUACGCGAUCGAAUGACGCAUGCGCUGCUAAAAUGGGAUGAGCUCGUUCAGGGCUCGAAAGUGUUUAAGCGAGACGCCUCGGUCAAAUGCGCAGUCGUCUCAUUGCCUCUUGAUGCGUACAAGCCUGCUACGAAGCGUAUGCGUCGAUAA